AUGAGCGCUCUUAAAAUCACAGAAUAAAUUGACCAACUUUAUAAUGGUCAAAUAAUUAUUUAUAAUAUGUUUUAUAUAUCAUAAGUUUGUUAGUAGCGAUUGAGAUAUAAAUUCAAUUGUUAUUUUAAUUACAGAUCAAUUAAAACAAGAAAAGGAGUUAAUCUAUAGAUUAUAAAAUAUUUCAUGUCAAUAUCGACUGGCGACUACAUUUCCAAUAAUUGGUUAAGGAUUGAGAAAGAAAAAAGUAAGUUUCGUUAAGUUUUUGUCAGAAAUGAUUAAGAAGAGGAGAUAUUCAAUUGUAUAAGAUUAAUAGAUUUAAUUUAGUUAUAUGCCUCCUUUUUAUAAAAAGAGGAUUAAAAAUCUUAAGUUAUACUUCAGAAUUUAUUAUUUCGCACAGUAGUAAUAUAUUUAGUAUGCCAGAAUUAAGAUGCAUUCUUGUUAUUCUUAUGAAGCCUUAUUAACUCUUUAGGUUAUUUUAUUUUUAAAUCAGAGUCUUAAUUGUCUCAGGGGUUGAAAAGAUUGUAAGCAAAAUAAAUAAAGAAAUCAACAGAUUAAAAUAAUUAGAUAUAAAAAAAAUAGUUUGUUCGUGUUUAGAAUAGUCUUUUAAAAUGAUUUUCAUCAACCUUUAUAUGCUAGACUAUUGA